ACUUGCAGUUGGACCGGGACCAGCUAGCAGCAGGGGAAAAAAACAAUGGCGUCGUCGGGCUUGUAGCUAACGGUCGCAGCUCGAGCUCCCUCGCCGGGUUUGAAUCGUGCCGCCACAGCUCCGGGGUGCACUGUCUCUUUAAGCUCGGUCGGCCGCUCCGUAUCGAUCGAUCCUCCAUUUUCCAACACGCAGCGGCGGCGGUGCGAGCAGAGCUCCGGCGGCCAGAGAGCGAGCAGAGCCACCCCUCUACCUGGAGAGGAAGCCGGGGACCCGGGGGCAGCCAUGGCAGCGAACAUGUACCGGGUUGGAGAUUAUGUUUAUUUUGAGAACUCGUCCAGUAACCCACUGCUGAUCAGGAGGAUCGAGGAGUUGAACAAGACAGCCAAUGGGAACGUGGAGGCCAAAGUGGUGUGUUUUUACCGGCGCAGGGACAUCUCCGGCACACUCAUCGCCCUGGCAGACAAACAUGCAAGGGAGCUGGAGGAGGAGAUGGAGAAUCCAGAGAUGUCCGACCUCCCUGAGAAACAGAAACACCAGCUCAGACACAGAGAGCUGUUCUUGUCCCGCCAACUGGAGUCUCUACCUGCCACACACAUCAGGGGGAAGUGCUGUGUGACUCUGCUGAAUGAGACUGAAGCCCUGAAGUCCUACCUGGACAGAGAGGAUGCCUUCUUCUACUCGCUGGUGUAUGACCCUCAGCAAAAGACUCUGCUGGCUGAUAAGGGCGAGAUCCGCGUUGGGAACAAGUACCAGGCCGACAUCACCGACCUCCUGAAAGACGAUGAGGGCGACGGCAGAGAGCUGGAGAAACUAGAGGAGAAGACCUGGGACCCAAACAGCUUACUGACAGAGAAACAGAUCGACCAGUUCUUAGUUGUUGCUCGGUCAGUCGGCACAUUUGCCAGAGCGUUGGACUGCAGUAGUUCUGUGCGACAGCCGAGCCUUCACAUGAGCGCUGCUGCAGCCUCCAGAGACAUCACCUUGUUUCAUGCCAUGGACACACUCCACGCCACGAGCUACGACAUGACCCGAGCGAUCGCAGCGCUGGUGCCUCAGGGUGGGCCCGUCCUCUGCAGGGACGAAAUGGAGGAGUGGAGCGCGUCUGAGGCCAACCUGUUCGAGGAGGCGCUAGAGAAAUACGGCAAAGAUUUCACCGAUAUCCAGCAGGAUUUUUUGCCCUGGAAGUCCCUGACGAGUAUUAUUGAGUAUUACUACAUGUGGAAGACCACAGACAGAUAUGUACAGCAGAAACGAUUAAAAGCAGCCGAGGCAGAAAGCAAGUUGAAGCAGGUCUACAUCCCGAACUAUAACAAGCCAAACCCCAACCAGCUGAGCAACAACAUAAAACCACCUCUGGUGAACGGAGCGGCGGCUCCUGGGGUCCCAGGACUUGCAGGGGUUCCAGGACUUGCAGGGGUUCCAGGACUUGCAGGGGUUCCAGGACUUGCAGGGGUCCCAGGACUUGCAGGGGUUCCAGGACUUGCAGGGGUCCCAGGACUUGCAGGGGUCCCAGGACUUGCAGGGGUCCCAGGACCUCCAGGUGUCCCAGGACCUCCAGGGGUCCCAGGACUUCCAGGGGUCCCAGGACUACCAGGCUCGGUCCAGACCCCCGGCCUGGGCAGAGCCUGUGAAAGCUGCUACACCAGCAGCUCCUAUCAGUGGUACUCGUGGGGACCUCCCAACAUGCAGUGUCGCCUGUGCGCGACGUGCUGGACCUACUGGAAGAAGUACGGAGGACUGAAGAUGCCCACGAGGCUGGAGGGAGAGAGGCCCGGACCCGCCCGCACCAUCAUGAACCCCCAUGGCCUCCCCAUGCGCCACGGCGGCAGCCCCAAGUUUGCAGUGAAGACGCGACAGGCGUUUUUCCUGCAGACCACCACGGUGACGCGGAUGACUCGCCGCCUCUGCCAGGAUCUCAUACGACCACGAUUCCUGGCCAGGCACCCCUACCUCCCCGUCAACACAGCAGCCAUCAAGGCCGAAUGUGCCCUGCGGGUGCCAGAAGGGCCGAAAAAGCCUUCACCACUGAAACCAGUGGAACGUAAACCUCUGGAGUCUGUGGUUCGAUAUUUAGAAGCACAUCCCUGUCCGGUCAAGCCCGACCCUCCAAUCCGUGGGGCGUCCAUCUCUUCAGCCAGCCUGACGCCCAUAAAAUCCUCCCCCAUCCUCAACAACGGCUCCCCCACCAUCCUGGGCAAACGCUCCUAUGAACAGCACAACGGAAUGGAUGGCUCUAAAUCUAAAGUCCUGGCUCCUCAGUGGGACAUCAUGGCCAAGCGGAUGAACGAGGUGGCGCGACCUUCGGUCUCGAUGCAGGACGAGAUCCACGAACUGGACUGAACGCUCCGUGGAACAACCUCUACUGCAAACCUCAGUCAGGUAACGACAACAAACAGG